AUGCCAGUCACAGGCUUACAAUAUGAUAGUCUCAGAACAGUUCUACAAUAUAUAGAAGCAAACAAAAGACUUCAUCUAUCCCAAUGUAUUCCAACAAUCCGUUUUGCCGAAAGAGCCGUACCUCUCAAAAUAAAUUACCUUCAGUUCAACGAGCUUAGAGUUAAUAUCAACUCUACAACCUAUCAACUGAGUCUUUAUAGAGACUUUCAUCAAAGGGAAGAAGUCGUCGACCCCUUCCAAAAGGAGAACGAUAUGGGCGGUGUCCAAAAUGAUCUGGAUCAGUUCGGUUUUUUAGUUCCAAUAAAUAGGACGGACGUAGUACCAGGAGAAAUCGUUUUCGGAGAUGUUGUCCAUCAAAAUCGUAAUUUCGCACCAAAUUUUCACCUUUCGUUUCCGUGGUCUUACCAACAAAACGAUGAGCAAAUGAGAAGAUACUGUGAAAACUAUCUAAAGAUAUACCAAAUAGCGUUGAUGAGACGUUUGGAGCAAGGAGAUCCAGAAAGAGAAGAAACUCCUGCACAUCCGCUUCCAGUAAUGGUCAGAUUGUUUUCGGAUGACGAACUGCUUGCAAUGGCUGGUCUAGUUUACCAAGAACUAACCGAGGAGGAAUUGGAAUUGAAGCUAGUCCUUCUCAAUCAAACGCCAACAUGGUCACUGGAGAUGAUAAUCACUCGUUUGCGUUAUUAUCUCCAGCCGUUCGACUGUCUACAUAACAAUAGAGCAAUCCCCUUCACACCACUCAUCCAGCUCACAAUCUACAGGAAAGGCCAAGAAAAACGAAUAGAAAGGUAUCCAUACACAGUGAAACUACACGCAGCUAUGCGAAAACUCAAUAGGAUGAUGUUUGGAGGACGAUCUUCCAUUGUAAACGUUUACAAAUUUUCCUUUCGGCUUAGAAACGAAGUGCUCCGAAUUCCAGAAGGAAUGAAAAUUCGAGUACGAGAUUUGAGAUUAGAGGAAGACAUGAAUAGACGCCUCGAAGCUCUGAACAAUAUAAUUGAUGAAUCGAGUUACCCCUUUGAAGUACUCUCUGUUUUCAACACUGGAGAAGAAGAUGAUCCAUUUGCUCACCCUGUUUUAACAAGUGUCCCAAAGCUUAUUUUGGAGGGUCUUAAACCAGAUGAUAUGACUCGUCUAUGGAACCUAAGAAACGAAAUAAUCUCAUUCAAAUAUUACACAGGUAUCCGUGUCCGAACUUUUACUGUUGAUGAUCUUCUUCCAUUUGUUCGGAAUAUACUCGCAGCUAGAUCUCCGGUUGGAGUUCGUAGAUCAUUCGAAGUGCGGGAUAAAGCUUUAGGCAACAAUUUUUUGAUUCAAGUUGCGGAACAGUUCAAUGGGGUUAGAAGAAAGAGAACUGCAACAAUCCCAAUGGGAAAUGAUUCUAUCCUCAAAAUGUUUUACAAAGGUUCUCAAUUCAGUGCUGGAGAAGGCCUUCCACAAAUAAGAAGGUGGUACGUUACAAUGAAAGUUGUGGAGGCUUGA